UCUAUCUUUUAUUCCUCACUUUCUAUAAUUCAUUCAAAAUUAACUAUGAAAGAAACGAAAUCAGUUAAAUUGAACGCGCAGCAACAUCAGCUACACGAAAAUGAUCACUUUUCUCCGUUCAUAUUCGCCAAGUUAUUAGAUCCGGAAGCUUCUUGGGACAAAGAUCAAUUAGGAGAUGUAUUGCAUUGGAUUCGACAAGUUGUCGCUCUUUUUUGUGGGUUAUUAUGGGGGGCAAUCCCUGUGGUUGGAGGCAUUUGGAUUUUCAUUUUUCUAGCCAUAUCCACUGCAAUCAUAUAUGGUUAUUAUGCUAUGAUACUAAAGAUUGACGAAGAAGACUUUGGUGGUCAUGCAGCCCUUCUUCAAGAAGGGCUAUUUGCUUCAAUAACUCUUUUUUUGUUGGCGUGGGUUAUGGUAUACAGCUUGGCCCACUUCUGAUAUGCGUUGUACCAUCAACUGGCUCCCGGGUGUCUCUACAACACAUUUCAAAGAUUUGAUUCUGCUAGAUGAGGAACCAUUCAUUAUUCCUAGAAAACAAUCAGAAACAAACUUGAGAAAUGCCACUAGGUAUUGUUUUUUUUUACGUUUCGUUUGCAAACAUUUCGAUAUUGCAAAUCAUGAAGAUAUUUUUUUUGGUUCAUAAAUGUUUGAUUUCAGUGUUACAUCAUGAGUGUCCCACAGAAUGUCUUUGCUUAAAAUAAUCCAUUUCCAGCGAACUUUCUGGUUGAGAUCAUAACAAUGCUAAAUUUGUGUGGUUUUGGCAACUUCGUAUCA